UCCUUUUAUAUCAAAAGUUCUUUUUAAACCAGACAUUUAAUAUGUAUAUAUAUAUUCGUAUGUAUAACAAGCGAAAAAAGAAAAAAAAAAGAAAAUGAAUAUAUAGGAAGGAAAACAAAAAUAAAAAUAAAAAAAUCGUCACUUGAGGGUGGAAGAUAUAAAUAAAAAAAAAAACACAAGUAAUUUAGAUAAACACAUGGAUAAACCUUCACAAACUAAACCUUAUGCUGGACUAGUCAUUUACCGUACACAAAGAAAUAUUGAGUAUUUAUUAAUUAACGAUUCAUUUUCAAAUAAAAAACAUUGGUUUUGCCCAAAGGGUCCGAUCAUUGGUAAUGAGGAAGAUAUAAAAUGCGCACUUCGUGAAACUUUUGAGACAACAGGUUUGAAACCAUCAGAACUACACAUUGAAGAAGGAUUUGCCAUUGAGCUUAAAUAUCUAUCCGGAACCAAACCUAAAAAAGUGAAAUAUUAUCUAGCUGAGCUUAUUAAUAACCAUGUUCGAUUAUUGCCUCAUGCGGAAGGUGUCCAUUUCCAAUGGUUCAAUCAAGUCGCUACUUCUGAAAAGGUUAUUUUUAAGACGAUGCAAGAAGUUUUUAAGCAUGCUCAGACAUUUAUUGAAACAAAGCAACGAAAAAAAAAAUCGAUAGCUCAUGCAACUUCCUCCGUCAUCAAUACAGCAGCAGCAACAAAAACAACAACAACGAAUAAUAAUCGCACAACAACUCAAUCUAAUGGCAUAGAUCAAGUUAGAUCUGGGAUGAAAUCUUUAUCCAUUAACAACAAAGAACAUAAUAAAUCUAAUUAUAAAUCACAUAAUCAACAGCAACAGCCAUCAUUGUCCCCACUUUACAAAACCAGAUUAUGUGAACGAUUUGAGUUGGAGGGAAGUUGCCCAUACGGUACCAAAUGUAACUUUGCUCAUGGUGUUAAUGAAUUACGUGGCAGAACUGAUCUACAACAACAAAGCAAUUUACAGAAAGAAGAUCGUAAUGAGAUGUUUGAAAAUCAAUUAUUUAAAACAAAGUUAUGUGAAAAAUAUAUGAGAGAUAAAUUUUGUCAAUAUGGACCUAAAUGUCAUUUUGCGCAUGGAGAAGAAGAGUUAAAGACAAGACCUAAUAAAAAGACAUUAGAGGAAGAAAUAAUAGAUUCAAGACAAAGUUACAGCAAUCGUCAUCUGGAUACCCCACAUCAUAAUUCCUCUUUUGAUCAAUGGAAUAAAAACGAAGCUAAUAAAUCAAACGAUGCUCCCUGGAAAUCACAGACAAUGGAUAAGUCAUCUUCUAAUAACAAAGUAUCUCAUCAAGAAAGUAGAGCUGAUAGAAAGACAUCUUGGAGAAACUCUAUUUCAAAAACUGUAAAUAAUCCAGAAGACCUUCCUCGGCCCACUUCUUUUAUUGAUCAUCAUAAAAGUCUAAUCAAUGGAAAGGAAAAACAUAAUAAACACUGUAUACAAGAAACAAAUGAGAAAUCUUGGAUGAAAAUCGUUCAACUUUCUAAAGAAGAGCAGGAUGAAUUAUUAGAGAGAAUAAAAAUACAUAGUCAUCCAUUAAAAGAGAAUAAUAACCAGCAACAAGCAACGACUAAAUCAGCACAAACAGAAGCCAUUAUUUCAGAUUUAAAAAGUUUUUUCGCUAUGCAUCCUACAACGACGACCUUAUUAAAUGGAAAGUUAGCAGAGGAUAUUAAAGAAGUGACCAAGAUUGAAAUGCGUAAUGACUUGUCAAAGAAAAGAUUACUUUAUAUUCUACUAGUGAGUUUAUUAGAGGAAGAUAAUCAACAGCAUUCUAUAUUAACUGUUUUAAAGUCAAGAAGUCAUUUAUUUAAAUCAUUUGUCAAGUCUAACACAGAUCAGUUAUUACUAUUGAAGGCAUGGGAUAAUUUGGUUACAAAUCGUAAACCCAUCUUAGUAAAUAGGACAGCAGCUGCUUUAUCCUAUUGGUAUGAUUCUGAAAUGAUAGAAGAAGAUGUAUUCUUGGAAUGGUACAAUACACUUGAAAAGGGAAGCCUAAUAGAACAAAAAUGUGUCAAAUUCAUUGAAUGGUUAAAUGAACCAGAUAAUAGUGAAUGAAUAAUAAAAAAAAAAGACUUUUAUAUUAUUUUAUGAAUGAUUUACAAUACAAGAUAAUAUAUAAAAUGUAUAUUUUAGUUGUCCUUAUUAGUAUCUGGUUUAGGACUACCAUCACCUCUACCUCCCAUAGUGUCACGAGCACUACCAAUGUAUUGUAGUAUUUAACGUUAG